AGUACCCCUAUCGGCGCGCGGCGCGACGUCUCGCUCGCGAGCUACUGCACGCUCGGCGUCGGCGGCGACGCGCGAUGGCUCGUCUCCGCGUCGACGAUCGAGGAGCUCGCCGACGCGCUCGCGUUCGCCGCGUCGAAGCGCGUCCCCGCCGUCGUCAUCGGCCGCGGGAGCAACGUCCUGUUCGCGGACGCCGGGUUCGACGGCGUCGUGAUCGUCAACGCGAUCGACACCAUCGAGCGCGUUGGCGCGGGUUACGCGUUCAACCACCUCGGCGCCGCGCUCUCGAAGGAGGGCUGGAGCGGCCUGGAGUUCGCCGUCGGCAUCCCCGGCACCGUCGGCGGCGCGGUGUUCAUGAACGCCGGCGCGGACGGCGGCGACACGGCGACGGCGUUGGUGGAGGUGGAGUGCGUGUCGCCGGAUGGCGGCCGGCAAGACCUGGACGCGGAAGCAGACGCGGAGGAGGAGGAGGAGUCGGAGUCCGAGCUCGCCGGGUGGAUCGUCGCGAGCGCGACGUUUCGUCUGCGCAGAGACCCACGCGCCAACGACCGCGCCAAGGCGUUUCUGCGACGCCGCGCGAGGGCGCAGCCGCUCUCGGAGCGCUCCGUCGGGUGCGUGUUUCGCAACCCGCCGAUCACGGCGGUGAACCCGGACGGGCUGAGCGCGGGCGCGUUGAUCGACCGCGCGGGGUUGAAAGGGACGCGUUGCGGCGGCGCGGUUGUGAGCGAAGCGCACGCCAACUUUCUCCUG